AUGGCGGGCACGGGACACACAUGGCCUAACAGUCAAGACGACUAUGAAUUGCUCGAGGUUAUUGGUGUUGGAGCAACAGCUGUAGUCCACGCCGCUUACUGCCAACCGCGCGGCGAAAAAUGUGCUAUAAAAAGAAUAAAUUUAGAAAAAUGGAAUACUUCUAUGGAUGAACUACUGAAGGAGAUACAGGCUAUGUCCAGUUGCAAUCACGAAAAUGUAGUCACAUAUUACACAAGCUUUGUAGUAAAAGAAGAAUUGUGGCUUGUGCUACGGCUUCUUGAAGGUGGCAGUUUGUUGGAUAUUAUUAAACAUAAAAUGAGGAUUUCCAAUUGUAAACACGGUGUAUUUGAUGAAGCCACUAUUGCUACUGUACUGAAAGAAGUCUUGAAAGGACUAGAAUAUUUCCACCAAAAUGGACAAAUACACAGAGACAUUAAAGCCGGAAACAUUCUCCUUGGUGAUGAUGGAACAGUCCAAAUUGCUGAUUUUGGUGUGUCUGCAUGGUUAGCAACUGGCAGAGAUUUGUCUCGGCAGAAAGUGAGGCACACAUUCGUCGGAACUCCUUGCUGGAUGGCUCCUGAGGUUAUGGAACAAAACCACGGCUAUGAUUUCAAAGCAGACAUAUGGUCUUUCGGGAUCACUGCUAUUGAAAUGGCGACUGGUACUGCGCCGUACCACAAGUAUCCUCCAAUGAAAGUGUUAAUGUUAACAUUGCAGAAUGACCCGCCAACACUAGAUACCGGCGCCGAAGAAAAGGAUCAAUAUAAAGCAUAUGGAAAAACCUUUAGAAAAAUGAUAUCAGAAUGCCUUCAAAAGGAUCCAACAAAGAGGCCUUCUGCUACUGAACUUCUCAAGCAUUCUUUCUUUAAAAAGGCUAAGGAUAGGAAAUAUCUCGUUCAAACAUUGGUCACCAUUGGGCCAAGUAUGGAAACACGUGUGCACAAAGCAAGUAAACGCCAACCUGGCGCAUCUGGACGUUUGCAUCGAAUGGAAACAGGUGAAUGGGUGUGGGAGAGCGAGGAAGAAGAUGAAGAUGAGGAUGGUGAAACUGGGCGGGAUCGGCCGAUGAACCAACUACCUCGCGCGGAUUCUUCAGAUAGUGAAAGUGAAGGCGAAACAGGCGCUGGCUUCACCAUCGGAUCUCUUGGUGCGGAAGAAGCGCCCCAAAUAGACCUAGUUCUGCGAAUGCGCAACUCUCGUAAAGAAUUAAAUGACAUUCGAUUUGAAUUUGCCCCGGGCAAGGACUCGGCUGAUGGUAUUGCAACAGAAUUAGUAGGUGCUGGUUUAGUAGCGGCGAGCGAUGCGGGAGCAAUCGCAUCACAGUUACAGCGACUUGUUGACGCUAACUUAUUCCCACCAGAAGGCACAAUUCCGCCUCGCUCUCUCACCUUUCGCCUGGACUCCGCUGAUCCUUCGGAGCCUUUAGACGAAAAAGGGCUCAUUGGUUACGCUCAGAUAUCGAUCGUCGACUGA